GAGGAAGUAGAAGAACUUCGACGACAAGUUGCUUUAGAAACAUCUUCCACCAGUAAACGGGACAAGUCCGAUACUGAACUGCCAUCCGAGUUUGAGUGUUGUUUUUGCACGUCGAAGGAGUACAAAGAGUUCAUCGAUGCUGAAGGUUUAAUGCCACUUCCAACUUCCGACUUCCACACGACGGUCUGCUUAGAGAUGCGUAUGCUAAAGAAUAAUAUGAAUAAUAAUUGUAUAGCCCCACCAGCACAAUUUGGUCCAAGUACAAUAUCAUAUCCAUAUCCGUAUAUGGAUACACCAAUCAAACAUUCUAAUAACUGUAAUAAUAAUAACGCUAGCGUUAGUAAUAACAAUAGUAAUAGUAACAAUGGUGAUUUAGCUAGUGUCGAUAGCUCCGAUACGUACGCUAGUUGUCAAACGCAUCCAUUCCUGUCACAAGGUGAUCUAACAUCCGAUAUUGUAGAUAUGUCAUUCGACUUAGACACGCUAGAUACGAACAAUCUGUACAUAAAUCCACUGGAGAAAGAUACUCAACAGCAGCGUUCCGUAGGUAGAGGCCAAGUAAAGAAAAGUGCUUCCGGAGACACUGGCCUGCGAAGUUUGGGCAUGAGUCCGAUGGACGAUGAGUACAAACAGUUCCAGACGUCGUUCGACACGUCGGACCGAGGAAGUCGUGUCAGUUUGAACGAGACCCCGGUGCCAAAGCAUCGCAAGACCCGGUUCCAGCAGGGUGCUGCCUCGGCCGCAAUGGCCGCUGCAGCCGCGAGACCCAAGACCCGCUUCGAGAACCUCAAAUCGUCCAUCGAGAGUCUCGACGAGGCGGCUGGCAAUGGCCAAACGGCGGCGAGCAGCAGUAGUGGGACGAGCAAAAAGACACGUAGAUCUUCCUUCAUGCCUGGCAGCAGGAGUAUAGCCUCGGCGACCAAACUCAUCAACCAGCACCUGUUUGGCAUCCAAAAUCCGGCGCCAAAAGGUAAAGACGAUACUAAAAAGUUAUCACUAUCCAUAGAUUCGAUAGAAACGUCACCUCAGUUAGAAACUCAUCGACGAUCGAAAUCGAUCCUCAAAAAUAAAUCUGAAGCGUCGAGACUUUUGUCCGAUCCAGAAAGCGAAAGACUAUUGGCUGACAAUAUGUCUGGAUCCGGAGUCUCCGACAAUGGUGCCAAUAUGGGGAGCGACUCAAAUACUGACUACUCCGGAAGCACAAUGAUCGCCACCUCGAUCACCCCGAUAGCACAACGACAUCGGCUGAUACACCAGCGUUCGACACCGGCCUCGUUAGGCAGCAAAACACCGGCCAAGUUUCAGCAGCCCCGCUUCUCGCAGGAGGAAGCGGCCCGCCAGGGCAAACCGCAGCUGACCCGGGGCGUGGGCAUCGGCACGUACGUCGAUCAUCUUACCGGUGACCGGCGGCUAGAUACAGGGACUAGGGAAAGUAGCACAGAAUCGGAAACAGCAUUCUCAACAUAUCUUGCAGCUAGUAAUAAUAGUAAUAAGGACAAAGCGUCUUUCGCUGGCAGCAGCUUGACAUCGAGCGAUGAAAGUAAGACCACCACCAGCAGAGGAAACUCAGUGGAGAACCACGGCGGAAGUAGCGGCUAUGGAGCAUCAUCAUCGUAGCA